GGUUCUAGAACGGAUCAAAAUAUUGUUUAUAGUACACCAGCAAAAGCACAUGUCAUAUCAAAUAAUGAAACUUUGUCUGUUGAUCAUAUGAAUCUUGAUGACAGUGUUAUGUCUGGUUUCAAUGUAUUAGAAAAAUCAGUUCUUGAUGAAGUAUUGACAGGUUUAUUGGAUUAUAUUGGUAUAAACAGAAGUUUACAUUUGACACCGAAGUGUAAAAAGUUUUAUUCUAUUACAAAUCAUUUAUUACGGAAGUGUCGUCGUUUGAAUAAUAGUAAACAGAAUUUCAAGACAAGAUUACGCUAUGCUGAGAAAUUUAGUGAUUCUUAUGUUAAUGAAAAGUUCUCAGAUAAACUUACUGCUGCUUCAUCACUAUUCACUAAUCUACAGUUGAGGGAAACAAAAAAAAAAUCCAAAGGACAUCGAUUUACAACAGACGAAAAAAUGUUAAGCCUUACUAUGUAUAAAAAAAGCCCCAAAUGUUAUAAUCUGUUGUCCAAGCUAUUUACUUUACCUUGUAAAAGAACACUGAAUAAUAUUCUGAGUAGCGUUUCAAUAAACCCAGGAAUAUCACCAAUUGUUAUGGCUGUUUUAAAAGAAAAUGUUAAGAAAUUAAAACCCAAAGAACGUUACUGUUCAAUUCUAUUUGAUGAGGUGUCUCUAAGUAGUGGACUUGCCUAUAAUGUGUCAUCAGACCAAAUUGAUGGUUUUGUCAAUACCGGUAGUUAUAAAAACCAAGAAUUAGCCGAUCAUGCACUAGUUUUCAUGAUACGCGGCAUAACCAAAAAAUUUAAGCAGCCCGUAGCUUAUUCUUUUUGCCAAGGUGCUACAAAACAAGGCGAGCUAGUGAAGCAGCUUAAAUCUGUAAUUUCAAUAAUUUUAUUAUGAUUUAUUAUACUUGUGGUAAAUUAUAUUAUAAAUUUUUAAUAGGUAAUUAGAGACGUUCAAAACACUGGUUUGUGUGUUGUGGCUACUAUAUGUGACCAAGGCAAAGCUAAUGAAGGAGCAAUAAGAAUACUAAACAGCGAAACUCGUUCAUAUUGUAUUCGGAACAAUAUAGAAUAUAGAGAUGAUUUUUAUGAGGUUGAUUUGGAAAAUGGAAGUCGAAUUAAAAUAGUACAUUUAUUUGAUGUUCCACAUCUCAUGAAAUGUGUGAGAAAUAAUUUAUUUACCAAAAAUUUGGUCUAUGAGUUGGAUGGUGUAAAGCGUGUUGCUAAAUGGAAACAUCUAGAACAAUUGUACGCGGAGGAUAACCAGAUUCCAGAUACAAAAAU